AUGACUAAGGCAACCAGGAAGCCACGGCCGUCAAGAAGAGUUGCAAUGCGGUUUGCUUCAAGGAAGAAUGGAAUGAAGAAGACCCUUUGUCAAAGGAGGGGCAGACGUGGUGUGAAGGCACGAAAUAUGACCAUGAGGGUCAGAAGACCUCCACAAGGGACCUUCAGAAAGAAAAUCCGAUCGUAUGCCACUCAAUCGACGAAGCCAAAGAAAACAAGAAAAGCAAACCGAUUCUUCUCUGGCUGUGGACGCACGAAAUAUGACCAUGAGGGUCAGAAGACCUCUACAAGGGACCUUCAGAAAGAAAAUCCGAUCGUAUGCCACUCAAUCGACGAAGCCAAAGAAAACAAGAAAAGCAAACCGAUUCUUCUCUGGCUGUGGACGUAA